AUGGAGUAUUGCAAGCCGUUGGCAACUCCUAUGCAUGUUUCGAAGUCUAGUACUGCUGAGGAUUCUUUGCUUGAUGAUCCUUCGUCCUAUCGACAACUUGUUGGUUCCUUGAUGUAUAUGUUGGUCACGCGUCCUAAAAUUUCGUUUUCUAUUAAUCGUAUGUGUCAGUUCAUGCAUUGUCCUACUCAACAGCAUUAUGCUGCUUUGAAGCGGUUGCUUCGUUAUGUUAAGGGGACACUUGAUAUUGGUUUGCGAUUGGCAGGAUCGUUGGCCUCAACUGUUCAUGCCUUCUCGGAUUCUGAUUGGGCUGGUUGUUAG